CACUCAACUCACCUCCCCCACCCACACACCCUACCCACACCCACACACCCACCCUUCCAACCACCACACACAUACCACACCGGGCAUGGCGGACCUCCUCCCGCCGCUGUGCCAAUACUGCGGGGCCACCCGCCCGAGCUGUGGCGAGGACCCGUGUGCGCCCAUCUUGUGGACCCUCUCCGCGCUCUUCACCGCCACAUGGCUUGUCGCUCUUGCUGCGGCGGCGGCGGCAGCUACCACACCGCCGGCUGCUUUGCCUGCUGGCCGCAUGUGGCGCUGGGCUGUGGGAGGAUCAGGCGCUCUGUUGGCCCUCUCGGCCUGUGCCGCUGCGCUUGCCAGUAUCCUGCCUGUGGCUGAUGCUGCUGUCCUCGCCCCGGACGCCUGGUUCAUGGUCCUGCUCGCCGUCGCCGUGCCGCUCACCCGCGCUGCUGCUGCUCUUCUCCUCAUGCCUGUCUGGCUCGCGCUGUACGCAGAGGCGACUGCAUCCGGCGCGCGAGCCGCAAAUGCUGCCCGAUCGCUUGUCGCUCUUCUCCUCGCCGCCCUCGCCCUCGCUGCUCUCGUCCUCGCCGCCCAUGCCUGGGCCGGUGAUGCCCGCGACAUCACGGCCCUCGCCCCCUACAGCCUAGCAGCCGAUGCUCUCAUCUCGGUCGCAGGUGUCAUGUGGCUUGUUCAUGCCGUCCCGCGCGUCAUUUCACUGCCCUCGUUCGCCGGUGUCGUCUCCAAGGACAUGAACUUGUUGAGGACGACCUCCCGUCGCAUCGCGGUCUACACCGCCCUCGCUUGUCUGGCAGUGGUCAUCGAGGCUGUCCGCUAUGCGCUAGACCAUCUCCGGUCGUCAACAGACCGAGACCACCGCGCCGAGCGCAACGGCGUCUUUGUCGCUCUCGCUGCCACCACGUCGCUCCUGCGCUGGCUCGUUCUCGUCGCCACCACCGCCACCGUCGUCUCAUUUGUCCGCCACGCCAUGGCGCGUGCCGCCCGCCUCGAGUAG